AUAACACAAUUUUGGUUUCUAUUUAUUUAAAAAACCAAUUGCUUGUGACAUGGAUUUCAGUUUAAACACAUAACAUUCGAAGUCAAACUUUAGAGUCAAGUCUUCAGCCACAUACCAAAAUGCAUUCAAAUAAAAAAUGCAACACCGCCAUGACAAUCAGAGCUCACCAAUGGAAAUUUUAAUCAUUCUCCUCUUCUCCUUCUCUUUCACUUCUGUCUUCACAACAUCAAAAGCCAUUGACACAAUAUCUGCAACUCAGUCUAUUAGAGAUGGUGGUCAGACCGUAGUUUCAGCUGAUGGCUCCUUUGAAUUGGGAUUUUUCAGCAUCAAAUCUAAUAGAUAUUUGGGUGUAUGGUUCAAAAAGAUUUCUCAGGGAACUGUUGUCUGGGUUGCCAACAGAGAAAUUCCGCUUUCGAAUUCAUCUGGAUUACUUCAAUUUGAUGACAGAGGAGGUCUUAUUCUUCUGAAUCAGGAAAACUUGAGCAUAUGGUCUGCUAAUUCUUCAAGAGCUGUGCAUAACCCUGUCGCACAGCUUCUGGAUUCCGGAAAUUUCGUUAUUAGAGACGAAAUGGACGUCGACCCAGAAAAUUACUUGUGGCAAAGUUUUCAUCAUCCUGACAGAACAUUUAUGCCUGGAAUGAAAAUCGGAAGACUGGCCGGAGGCGUUGUAGUUCAUGCAACUUCAUGGAAGAGCAUAGAUGAUCCUUCUGAAGGUGAAUUCAUUUAUCAGCUUGAUUCCUCUGGUUUACAGAUGAUUAUUGCGAGUAAAUCAGUUAUCACAGGUCGAUCAGGACCAUGGAAUGGUAUCGGUCAAAGCGGAUUGCCUUUCUUAAAACCAAAUACGAUCUUUAAUUAUUCGUUUGUUAUGAGCGAAAACGAGACUUAUUAUACUUUUGAGCUGGUUAACAAAUCAGUAUUUACGCGCGUUGUCUUGAAUGAAAAUGGUGUCUUAAACCGGUAUGCAUGGAUAGACCGAACGCAGCAGUGGCAGCGUAUCUCAUCUGCACCAGCAGAUAAUUGUGAUAGUUACGACAUAUGCGGUGCUGAUGGCAGUUGUGAUAUCACCAAUACACCUCUAUGUUCAUGUCUGAAUAGAUUUGUGCCAAAAUUAGAAAAUAAUUGGAAUGCAGCAGACUGGUCCGACGGAUGCAUUCGACGGAAACCAUUAAAUUGCACGAGAGGAGAUGUGUUCAUAAAAUAUUCAAACCUAAAAUUACCUGAUAUGCUAAAUUAUUCAACCAAUUCAAAUUUGACCAUGGAGGAGUGUGAUGUAUUCUGCUUGAAAGAUUGUUCCUGUGUGGCCUACGCCAGUUCAAAUAUCGUAACCAGAAGAGGAUGCUACUUUUGGUUCGGAGACCUCAUUGAUAUCAAACAAUUUAACGAAGAUGGCGGACAAGAUCUUUUCAUUAGGAUGGCGUUUUCAGAAUUAGAUGAGAGCUCGAGUUCGAAAAAACGUAGGGUGCUCGUAGCGACCUUAGUAUCAUCAGCAGGAUGUUUUCUACUUAUCUUGUGUAUAUGCUUGUUCAUAAAGAAUAAAAGGAGAAACCAGAAGAAAAAUGCACAAAGUAAGUGGGAAAACAAUGCAGACGAAAGCUACUCUAUUGACAACCAUGACGAGGAUCUAGAGCUACCUCAUUUUGACUUCAUUGUAGUGGCUCGAGCUACCAAUAACUUCUCAUUCAAUGGUAUGCUUGGAGAGGGCGGAUUCGGACCUGUCUACAAGGGCAUCCUAAGAGAUGGACAAGAAGUUGCUGUGAAGAGGCUGUCCAAGGAAUCUAGACAAGGGCUUCAUGAAUUCAUGAAUGAACUUAAAUGCAUUGCUAAACUUCAGCAUCGGAACCUAGUCAAGCUACUUGGAUACUGCAUUUAUCAAGAUGAAAGAAUGUUGAUCUAUGAAUACAUGCCUAAUAAAAGCCUCGACUGCUAUAUAUUUGAUGAUAACCAAAGCAAGCUUCUAGACUGGAAUGUGAGGUUCCGUAUCAUCGUCGGGAUAUCAAGAGGACUUCUCUAUCUCCAUCAAGACUCUAGACUGAGAAUUAUUCAUAGAGAUCUCAAAUUAAGUAAUAUCCUACUAGAUAAAGAGUUGAACCCAAAAAUCUCAGAUUUUGGCAUGGCUAGAAUUUUUGGGGGUAAUGAAACUGCUGCAAACACAAAACGAGUAGUCGGAACAUACGGUUAUAUGUCACCAGAGUAUGCUAUUGAUGGCCUAUUCUCAAUGAAAUCUGAUGUAUUUAGCUAUGGUGUUCUGGUGUUGGAGAUAAUCAGUGGACAGAGAAACAGAGGAUUUACUCAUCCAGACCACGAACUUAACCUUGUUGGACACGCAUGGAAGCUGUUCAAAGAAGGAAGAUAUCUAGAGCUUAUCGACGCUUCGGCGACGGAAACUUGCAAUCUGUCAGAAGUAGUAAGAGCAAUGCAUGUUGGACUAUUAUGUGUACAGCAUAAUCCUGAAGACAGACCAAACAUGUCAUUAGUGGUUCUAAUGUUGAGCAGUGAAGGUCCAUUGCCUGAACCUAAAGAACCAGGCUUUUUCACGGAUAGGAAAUUAUUUGAAGGGGAAUCACCCUCCACCAAACAAAAUUUAAAUUCUGUAAAUGAACUCACAAUUACUUUAAUCGAUGCUCGACUGCAACACCGCCAUGACAAUCAUAAUUCAUCAAUGGAAAUCUUAAACAUUCUCCUCUUCUGCCUCUCUUUAACUUCUAUCUUCACAACAGCCCAAGCCAUUGACACAAUCUCUGCAACUCAGUCUAUUAGUGAUGGUGGUGAGACUAUAAUUUCAGCUGGUGGCUCCUUUGAAUUAGGAUUUUUCAGCAUCAAUUCUAAUAGAUAUUUGGGUGUAUGGUUCAAAAAGAUUUCUGAGGGAACUGUUGUCUGGGUUGCCAAUAGAGAAAUUUCGCUUACGAAUUCAUCAGGAUUACUGCAUUUUGAUAACAGAGGAAGUCUUAUUCUUCUGAAUCAAGAAAACUUGACCGUAUGGUCUGCUAAUACAUCAAGACCUGUGCAGAAUCCUAUUGCACAGCUUCUGGACUCAGGAAAUUUCGUUAUUAGAGACGAAAACGACGUCGACCCGGAAAAUUACUUGUGGCAAAGUUUUCAUCAUCCUGACAAAACAGUUAUGCCCGGAAUGAAAAUCGGAAGACUCGCUGGAGGAGUUGAAGUUCAUGCAACUUCAUGGAAGAGCAUAGAUGAUCCUUCUAAAGGCGAGUAUUCAUUUCAUCCGGAUUCCUCUGGUUUACAGAUGGUUAUUGCAAAGGAUUCAGUAAUCAUAUUUAGAUCGGGACCAUGGAAUGGCAUUAGCCAAAGUGGUUUGCCUUUCUUGAAACCAAAUCCAGUUUAUUACUACACAAUGGUUAUCAGUGAAAAUGAGAGCUAUUAUACUUUUGACCUUGUUAACAAAUCCGUUUUUUCAAGACUUGUUUUGAAUGAGAAUGGUGUCAAUAAUCGGUAUGUGUGGAUAGAUCGGACCCAGCUAUGGCAUGAGAUCUCCUAUGCACCAAGAGUUAGAUGUGACACUUAUGAUCUAUGUGGUGCUCAGGCAAGCUGUGACAUCAACAAUACAACAGAUUUGUCCCUAUCUAAAGAUGUUCUAUGUUCAUGUUUGAAUAGAUUCGUGCCGAAUUUAGAAAGUAACCGGAAUGCAACAGAUUGGUCCAGCGGGUGUGUUCGACGGACGCCAUUAGAUUGCCAGAGAGGAGAUGGGUUCAUAAAGUAUUCAAAUCUUAAAUUGCCUGAUAUGCUAAAUUAUUCAACCAAUUCAAGCUUGACCAUAAAGGAAUGUGACAUGUUGUGCUUGAAAAAUUGUUCCUGUAUGGCCUACGCCAGUUCGAAUAUCGUAACCGGAAGAGGAUGCUACUUUUGGUUCGGAGACCUUAUUGAUAUCAAACAAUAUAAUGAAGAUGGUGGGCAAGAUCUCUUCAUUAGGGUGGCUUUUUCUGAAUUAGAUGAGAUCGCGGGAUUCAAAAAACGUUGGGUGCUCAUGGCAACCCUACUAACAUCAGCAGGAUGUUUUCUGCUUAUCUUGUGUGUAUGCUUGUUCAUAAGAAAUAAAAGGAGAAAGCAGAAUAAAAAUGCACAAAGUAAGUGGGAAAACUACUCUAUUGACAACCAUGAGGAGGAUCUAGAGCUACCUCAUUUUGAUUUUAUCGUAGUGGCUCGAGCUACCAAUAAUUUCUCAUUCGAUGGUAUGCUUGGCAAGGGCGGCUUCGGACCUGUCUACAAGGGCAUACUAAGGGAUGGACAAGAAGUUGCUGUGAAGAGGCUGUCCAAGGAAUCUAGACAAGGGCUUCAUGAAUUCAUGAAUGAACUUAAAUGCAUUGCUAAGCUUCAGCAUCGGAACCUAGUCAAACUACUCGGAUAUUGCAUUUAUCUAGAUGAAAGAAUGUUGAUCUAUGAAUACAUGCCUAAUAAAAGCCUCGACUACUAUAUAUUUGAUGAUAACCAAGGCAAGCAUCUAGACUGGAAUGUGAGGUUCCAUAUUAUCAUGGGUAUAUCGAGAGGACUUCUCUAUCUUCAUCAAGACUCUAGGCUGAGAAUUAUUCAUAGAGACCUCAAAUUAAGUAAUAUCCUACUCGACAAAGAGAUGAAUCCGAAAAUCUCGGAUUUUGGCAUGGCUAGAAUUUUCGGGGGUAAUGAAACCGCUGCAAACACAACACGAGUAGUCGGAACAUAUGGGUAUAUGUCACCAGAGUAUGCAAUCGACGGAUUAUUCUCAAUAAAGUCUGAUGUAUUUAGCUUUGGUGCUCUGGUGUUGGAGAUAAUUAGUGGACAGAGAAACAGAGGAUUUACUCACCCAGACCAUCAACUUAACCUUCUCGGACACGCAUGGAAGCUGUUCAAAGAAGGAAGAUAUUUAGAGCUUAUCGACGAUUCAACAAUGGAAACUUGCAGCCUAUCAGAAGUAUUAAGAACAAUGCAUGUUGGUCUAUUAUGUGUACAACAUAAUCCAGAAGACAGACCAAACAUGUCCUCAGUGGUUCUAAUGUUGAGCAGUGAAGGUCCGUUGCCCGAACCUAAAGAACCCGGAUUUUUCACGGAGAGGAAAUUGUUUGAAGGAGAAUCAGCCUCCAGCAAACAAAAUUUAAAUUCUGUGAAUGAACUCACACUUGCAUUGAUUGAUGCUCGAUGAUAGUUGCCUAUGGGAGGUGCGAAGUAAGUGUGUGUAAAAUGAAAAUAUCUUUGUAUAAAUUUAAGAUUAGAAUCAACCAUUUUUGUAAAAAUCUGCAACAGUUAUGCUAAAUGUUGGAUCUUAUAGAGUAUUACUGUAAUUUUCUA